AUUAGCGACCGCACCAUGCCAGUUGGCCUUCCUCCGACCGCCCCGUCCACCACGGCGAUACCGCUCCACCUACGUGCGCUCGCCGUAGGCGCACAUGAUCAGAUCGUCUUCCCUCUUUAUAAGUACCGUUGUGGAGCGAGGGCUCUGAGUUCCCUCAGUCGCCGGACAACGAUGGAAGCCACCACCUAUCAAUCAGCCGACGAUCAGCUUCGAACGGACUUCCUCCAGAUCCUGCGAAGCCGGAGGCGGAAGCCUGACGUUUCUCUAUCCGUUGAACUUGGGGGGCCGGUGAUGGAUCCGAUGUAUCAGGCGGCGAUAUAUCCAGGUUCGAGGGAGGUAAUGGAAGCUUGUCAUAGAGAGAACCUCGAUGGCUUCAAGGAUAGAGUGAUCGAGGAGAAUAUUUAUCUAACAGUUGAGGAAGGUGAGCAAGGUCGUCUCCCUGUAUUGAUUCUGAGCUUGAAGGAUAAUACAACACAGAGAAAGCCAGCUAUUGUAAUUUUACAUAGCUCUUAUAAGUGCAAGGAAUGGUUGCGGCCAUUACUUGAGGCAUAUGCUUCAAGAGGAUAUGUGGCUGUUGCUAUUGAUUCUCGCUACCAUGGAGAAAGAGCUAGCAACACAACAGCAUACAAAGAUGCUCUGGUUUCAGCAUGGAAAAAUGGUGAUACAAUGCCUUUCAUCUAUGAUACAGUCUGGGACUUAAUAAAAUUAGCAGAGUAUUUAGUACAAAGGGAAGAUGUUGAUCCUGUUCGAAUUGGAAUUACUGGUGAAUCACUUGGAGGCAUGCAUGCAUGGUUUGCUGCAGCAGCUGAUGAAAGGUACUCUGUGGUAGUCCCUAUAAUCGGGGUUCAGGGUUUCAGAUGGGCUUUAGAUAAUGAUAAGUGGCAUGCUCGAGCAGAUAGCAUAAAACCUGUCUUCGAAGCGGCUUGCAAGGAUUUAGGAAAAGAUGAAAUUGAUAAAGAAGUUGUGGAGAAGGUGUGGGAGAGAAUUGCUCCAGGUCUAGCCUCCCAGUUCGACGCACCUUAUACGGUUCCUUCUAUUGCACCAAGGCCCCUGCUAAUCUUGAAUGGUGCAGAAGAUCCUCGCUGCCCUCUUUCCGGUUUAGAUGUUUCGAUAGCAAAGGUAAAUGACAUCUACGAAGAAGCCAACUGCAAAGAAAAAUUCAAGUUUAUACCCGAAGCUGGAGUAGGGCACUAUAUGACCGUGUCGAUGGUGGAAGAAGCAAGCCUCUGGUUUGACAAGUUCCUUAAAUAAUUACCCUGAUAUUUACAUAUGUGUUUGUUAUCAUGUAAAACGAUUAAUCAAAUCAACGGUGCAACUUAAAAAUACCUUGAAAAUUUAUUUAAUUCUGCGUUCCAUA